UAAAAUUUACAAAUUUGGUGCCUAUCUAAUUUUUUUUCGUCCAUCAGGUUCUAUAAUACUAGUACAAUUAUGAAUAUCGAAUAGGAGAAUGGACAAUGAACAUUAUUUUUUGUAGUCAAUAGUGGUUAAUUAUUGAACUAGAAAAAAAAACAUUUACCUGCCGUGUUAUUUUUAUAACAAAAUAAUAAAUAAACAGAAGGAAAUUCCAUACUGGAAUUAGUGAAAUUCAUAGAUUAGAUUGACAGUUGUAGAUUGUAACUUGUGUUGUUUGUUUAUUAAUAUUUAAUAAUGAAAAUUAAAACAACCUAAGAUAUUUUUUACAACAACUAUUUUUUAGAUAAUAAUUCAUAAUUUUUGACAGUCAUAUUGUUAUGGAUUUAUGAGCUGUGGUCAAUGACCGUUAAGUUUAAGAUUGAUUUUAAAGUUUAAUGGUUUGUCUUAAAUUACUUAAAAGUUAUAAUUAUUAUACUAUAGUAGACCUACAAUAAUAAUUAUGUCCUAUCCAGAUCACUAGUAGGUAUUGUAGAUGUGUAGAAUGUUUACAAUUGUUGGUGGAAAUUAUUGAAUGUAUGAAUGCACCACUUAUCUUAGCAAGCACAAACUUUAUAACACAUAAAAUAAAGAAAUGGAAGGUAAAAAACAAGAUCAGUUGGAAAAUGAUGAAGUAAAUGAAUUUAAAUACAAAUAUGCAGAAGAAAAACAAAACAAUAAAGAAUUAGAUAAAUGUUUACUGAAUUUACAAAAUAAUAUGACCACAAUAGCUGUGGGGCAUAAAGAUCAACCCUCAAUUAAAAAAGGAGAUCAACAAAGACGACUUUGGAGUGGAAAACUCGAUAAUACAUUCUCUUCGAAUAGUGUUCUUGAAACUAUUGAAGAAAAUGAUAACAUUCAUCAAUUAAAUGAUCCAUUAGCUAACUUGGGAAAUCAAAAUAGAGAAUUGAAAACACCAUUAGAAUCAUUUGAAUGGAAUUUAAUUAGAGAAGAAGAUCCCACUGCAGUUACUGAAUUCAUAAACAAUGAAAAUACUGAACAUAAUUUCUCUCCACCUUCCAGUAUAUCAUUUAAUGUUUGUGAAACCCCUAAAAAAGUUUUAAGAGAACGUGUUAAUAAUUACAAAACUUUGUUUGAAAUUAGUAUGAAGGAAAACAACGAGUUAAGAGAAUUCACUACUCUUGAAAAACAAAUGUUUUAUGAUAAUAAUGAGCAAUUAAAAGAUUUAAGUAAUUUGAGAAAACAAGUUGACAAUCUUAAAAUUGAAAAAAAUGAAUAUGAAAAAAUGAUUGAAAAACUUAAAUAUUCAGUUCAAGUAAUUGAAAAUGAAAAAUAUGAUAUUGAAGUUAUUAUUGAAGAACAAAGAAUUAAUUUCGAGAAACGAGAAAAUGAACUUUUAGCUAUAAUUCAGGAAACAAAAAAAGAGUUAAAAUCUAAGGAAGAUCAAAUAAAAGAAAUGUAUCAGUUGAAUAAUACAUAUAUUAAUGAAAUAGAUACUUUGAAACUACAAUUGUUAAAUAAAGACCAGUUAAAUGUAGAAUUGUCUAAACAAAGUUCGCUUUUGAAUGAGUUAUCUCUUCAAAGUUACGCAGCUGAAAUUAAGUCAGUUCCUUGCGCUAUUCAAUUUUUAACUGAUGAAGGUUAUUUUAGUCUUAAAAAGUGUAAAAUAUUGGAACUAGAUCAACUAUUAGAACAUAUUUACGAUAUAGUAGAACAAUUACAACAAAAAAACCAACAUUUAAUAGAUGAAAAUAAUAAUUUUAAAUUAAUAACAAAUGAUUUUAAUAUUCAAAUGAAUAACAUAAAAAAAGAAAAUGAUGAAUUGAGAUUAAAACUAAAUUCAAUUGAGGAAAAAAUUAAAUUUACCAUUAAAGAAUUUAGUGGUAGUUCUGAUAUAAAUAUUAAUAAUUCUGAUACAGGUAGUUUAAUUGAUUUUGCUGUAAAUCAUUUUGAAGAAAAUUCAAACAAGAUUGAUAUACUGUCCAACAAGAACUUAAUUUUAAAAGAAAAAUUGUUUUUAUCAAACAUAAAACUCAGUGAAAUAAUAUCAUUUGUAUUUAAUAAUCUUGAGUAUAUUCUUCAAGAUAUUUCUUCUUUGAAAGUUGAAUCAAGUACAGAAUUAGAAAAAUACAAAAAAGAAUUUUCUGAAACUCUAGAAGAAAACCUAUUUUUAAAAUCAAGUAUUCAAGCAUUCAAUAUAUUAACAUUUGAAUGUGUUGAUUUAAUUGAAACAGUACAGAUAAAUCAAUCAAAAAUUAUAAAUCUUCAAAAAGAACUUACUACCUGUAAUGAUGUUAAAAAUGAAUUACAACAACAAGUUAAAGAACUAUGCAUAUUGAACACAAAUCUUAAUACAUUAAUUGGAAAUCAAAUUAAAAUUGAAAAACAAAUCAAAGAUGAAUUGAAUGAUACUAAAUUUGAACUUUCCCUAAAAAAUAAAGAAUUAGAAGAAAAAAGAAUUCCUAUCAAUUUGGAAAAUGAAAAUGAAAUUUGUAAUGAAUUACUGGUAAAAAAAACUCAAGAGUUAGAAAUUGCAGUUUCACAAGUUAAUGUUUUGCAAUUAGCUAUUGAAGAAAUGAAAACAAAAGCAAACUAUGAAGCUACUUUUAUUGAAAGACUAAAUAAUACACUGGAUAUUGUUAAAUUUGAACUGGGAGAAAAAUCUAAAUUUGAGAAUGAAUUUGAAAAUAAUAAAUCAGAAGCAACAAUUUUUAAUAAUCUAGAAACAAUUCAUGAACUAAAAAAGAUUAUUACCAAACUUAAAUCUGAAUUAGAAAAUAAGUUAAUCAAUGAAAAAGCUUUGAAUAAUGAAUUACAAAUUAUUAUGGUAGAAUUGGAUGAUGCAAUUGUCAAAAUUGAUAAAGUAAAAUCACUAAUUGACAUUUUGAAUGCAAAAGACGAAUCCAAUAUUUCUACUAUAGAAGAGCUAAAAUGUGAACUUGUAAGUAUUAAAUCUACUCUUAAUGAAAAUAAUGAGUUAAUUAGAAAAUUAGAAGACAUUAAUUUAGAACUUUUAACUAAAUGUAAAAAUUCUGAUCAAUUAAACAAAAUUAUCACUGAACUUAAAAUAAAUCUGGAAAACAAAAUUAAUGUUGAAAAUGAAAUACGAGAUGAACUUAAAAUAAAAACUAGUGAAUUAGAGCAUGUUAUGCUUCAAAAAAGUGAAGUUCAGACUAUGACAGAAAGUAUGGAGAAUGAAAUAAAAUCAAAUGUUAUUUUAAUAGAUGAAUUGAAAUCUGAAUUAUCUAUAAAAUCAAAUUUAUUAACUAAAUUAGAAAAUGCAAAUCUUGAAUUUAUUUCAAAAUGUGAUAAAACAAAU